AUGACGACUAGCGGGGUUGGCGACGACUAUGGUGACGUCAGCGACGACGUCUUGUUGGUUCGUCGGGUGAGUGGAGUUGGUGAUGACGGAGCUGCAAACGGAGAGUGGCUGUGUGAUUCAGCUGUCUUAUCUAGUAUCACAUUAAUGCUAUUCGCUUACAUUGUGUGGUUAAAAUUGGUUUCUUAUGCACAUACAAGCUACAAUAUGCGAGCACUUGCCAAGUUAGCUCAUGAGUUAUCGAUAUGGGGAAGCGGGUAUUUAUUCUUGAUAGUCACUUUAUUAAUUUUCUAUACUAUCAUUUCUCAUAAUUAUACACACAUACUUUCUAUUGGUUUUGAUGCGAGUGAUGGUUUUGAUAGUUUAAUUGUAAAUUUCACGUGUCCUGCUUAUAACCACCGGCUUGAAACAGUAGCAUCUCUUAAAGUUGUCCACAAAGAUGGACCAUGCUUUCAACCAAGUAAAGGUCAAGUAAAUACUCCUACAAGGACUCUUGCACAAAAACUCAUCCAAGACCAAUAUCGAGUUGACUCAAUUCACUCAAGAGCCACCCUUCCUGUCAAGUCUGGAUUAAUAUUAAUGGACACAUAUCAAUACGUUGCAACUAUAGGUCUUGGAACACCAGUGAAAAAUCUCACUCUCAUACUAGACACUGGUAGUGACCUCACUUGGACUCAAUGCAAGCCAUGUUUUUGGACCUGCUAUAAUCAGAGCGAAUCAAUUUUUGAUCCUUCCAAGUCAUCAUCGUAUUCCAACAUCAUGUGCAGUUCGACAAUGUGUACUCAACUCACAGGUAACCCACCCAAUUUUUGCACUAUUAACAACACGUGUAUUUACACGGCUCGAUAUGCUGAUCAAUCAUUCACACAAGGAUUUAUCGCCAAAGACAAGCUAAGUUUGACACAAUCAAACGUGGUAGAGGAUUUCAUAUUUGGGUGUGGCCAAGACAAUGAGGGAAAUUUUGGUGGAACAGCUGGGAUAUUUGGACUUGGUCCAGGAGAUACAUCUAUCAUGGCACAAACUGCCCAAAAAUACAAGAAUGUUUUCUCGUACUGUCUUCCCUCGUUACCCUCUCUCUUAGGACACUUGACCUUUGGAAGCACAAACAUUCUUUCUCAUUCUAUAAAAUUUACUCCAUUUGUAGAAGGGCCACAAUACUCCGACCAUUAUUUCCUAGAGUUACUCGCGAUAAGUGUUGGCGGAGAGAAGCUACCCAUCAACUCAUCAACAUUUUCAACAGCAGGUACUAUUAUAGAUUCUGGAACUAUCAUCACUCGCUUGCCUUCGUCGGCCUAUGCCCAACUUCGAUUAGCUUUCCAGCAACGCAUGAAAGGCUAUCCAAUGGCUCAGGCUUGGGAUGUAUUAGAUACGUGCUAUGACUUCAGUAAUUAUAAGCAUGUGAUGAUACCCAAGAUCAGCCUAUUCUUCAGCGGCAAUGUUGAACUAGGAGUUGACUCUUCAGGAAUCCUAGUAGCGGAGAACAUAACACAAGUGUGCCUUGCCUUUAUUGGAAAUGCUGAUGCUAACUAUCACAGUAUAAUUGGAAGUUAUCAACAAAAGACAGUUGAUGUGAUAUAUGACCUUGCUGGGAAGAGGCUUGGGCUUAGAGCUUAUGGCUGCCAUUAA